UAGGAGAAAUAAUUAUCACACAGUCUCCUCUGUCAAUAACAGCUACAGAGGGACAAGAAGUUCGGAUGUUUUGUUCUUGGAAAACACAGGAUGAAGUUCAGCAAAUAAGAGUAGAAUGGUGUAAAGUUAAUCAAUCUAGACAAGAGCUGUUGCAUCCACUCUUCAUGAAUGGAAUCAAGCAUUGUAUAACAGACGAAUCUGCCGAGCUGACAGUUGGCAGUGUCACCCAGAGCGAUGCGGGAUCAUACUACUGCAAAGUAACGGUCGAAAUACCUUCUCUGAGAAGAGGACAGAGUGAAGCAGCGGUGCUAUCAAUACGAGGAAACAAUAGGAAAAGUAAAGGUGAUAAAUUUAAUAAGACAGAUAAAAUAUUUAACAAGGAAGGGGCCAAGCAAAAUAUAACUAUCUCCCAGUUUCCUUUGAGUAUAACCGCUGUAGAGGGGGAAUCGGUUGAGAUACAUUGCUCCUGGGAAGGUGUUGAAGAAGCUGGGCAAAUGCAAGUGGAAUGGGGGAAGGAUGAAAGAACAAUCCUAACUUCGUUCAAAGAGCAGAUGAUAUUGUUUAGAAGCCAAGUCAAUUACUGUACGAAAGCUACUUCUGCUACGAUGACAAUUCACAAGCUCACCAAACAAGAUGCAGGAACGUACUACUGCAGGACAAGAAGAGGGCAAGGUGGUGGAACAGUCCUAUCGGUUCAUGGGAAAACACAGAAAAGUGAAGAUGUUUCCGAUACAGCUUCUGUUUAUGAGUUGACAGCCAUAGUAUACCUGCUGAGAUCUCUUCCCUUUCUGGCUCUUCUGGCUGCAGUUUUCUACUUAACUAGAGGGAAAAAGAAAACAUCAGCUUAUCAACGGGAGGUUUCCAGUCGAAGUUUCACAGAACCAUGAAGAAAAUGAGUCUGCUACAGUAGAUCCCAUCUCAGAAUAGAGGGACAUUCACCCCUGCGUGUAUUUGCUUGUCAAAUUCUAUGGCUGUAGAACAGUUAAGGUUUUUAAAGAUGAGUUCAAGGUGUAGCGUAUUACUGUAAAGUUUAUUACCUUGUAAACCAUGUUGAAAAUAUCAGCUACCUGUUUUAAUUUGUUGUUUUGUUUCCUGGUCUGUAAGAAGUCAGUUUAAAAAAUGACUGUAUUAGAACUAUUGCCUGUUGACACAUAUUUCUAAAAACAUCAGCAUAAAUUAUAAAGACAAUUUGAGCACUUCAGUGUGUAUGGUGCACCAAUGUUCCUUGUUCGUCUGGUUUCCAUGGCAAUGGUUCUACAC